AUGAAUUUAAAGUCAUACUCAUACCUGCUCAGGAGGUUUACAAAUAUGUCUUCUAUUCCAUUCAUCGAUAUUGGAGCAAAUUUGACAGAUCCCAUGUUUAAAGGAAUAUACAAUGGUAAUAAAAAGCAUAAAGAAGAUUUAGAAGAUGUUUUGGAACGUGCUUGGAAAAAUGAUCUUAAAAAGAUUAUUAUAACUAGCGGCAGCUUAGAUGAUUCCAUUGAAGCUUUAAAGAUAGCAUCAUUGAGUGAAAAUCUUUACUGCACUGUUGGUUGUCAUCCAACACGUUGUGAUGAGUUUACUAAAGCCAAGGAUCCUGAAGUGUAUUUAAAUAGCUUAAGAGACUUGUUAAAAAAUAAUCGGUCAAAAGUAGUAGCAAUAGGAGAAUGUGGACUUGAUAAUCAACGAUUGCAUUUUUGCUCCAAAGAGAUCCAAGAAAAAUAUUUUGAAAUGCAGUUAAAAUUAAGUGGAGAUUUUAACUUACCAUUAUUUCUACACUGCCGUGAUGCAGCUCCUACAUUAUUAGAUAUACUGAAGAGAAAUCCCAAUUUUAUAAAAUCAGGAGGCGUUGUGCAUUCUUUUGAUGGAAGUUUAAACGAGGCCAAAGACAUAAUUAACUUGGGGUUUUAUAUUGGUAUCAAUGGAUGUUCAUUGCGGACAGAUGAUAAUUUAAAAACAAUAUCAGAAUUGCCUACCAAUCGUUUGAUGCUGGAAACAGAUUGCCCAUGGUGUGAAAUAAAACAAACACAUCCAUCAUAUUCUUACGUACAAACCAAAUUUAAUUCAGUGAAAAAAGAAAAAUUUAUUGAUGGUUCUAUGGUCAAAGGAAGAAAUGAACCAUCAACUAUUAGGCAAGUCUUGGAUGUAUUAGCUUCAUUAAAAAAAGAAGACCCUGUAUGUUUAGGAAAUCAAAUAUAUCAAAAUACUAUGGAUCUAUUCUUUAAAGAUAAAUAG